AUGGAUCAAAUGGAUCGACCUUCAUCGAGCAACACCUUCGCCGAGAAGAAUGACGACCCUGAGGCUGGUGGUAUGAGGGACACAUCUUUGAUUAACGAUGUUGUUCAAAAUUACGCGUGGCAAAAUAUCGACGUUCAAGUCAAGGAUCGCUCAACGGGCGACCCCUUGUCAAUUCUUUCGGAUGCUAAUGGCAUUGUUCAUGCGAGUGAAAUGAUCGCUAUCAUGGGCCCUAGUGGAUCAGGGAAAACGACUCUCUUGAAUGCCAUUGCACACCGUGUAGCCGCUGCGAAAGCAACAACGACCGGUGAUCUCUUAGCCAAUGGCCAAGCAGCAAAUCUACAAAAGAUACGCGACUUGUCUAGUUAUGUCGAGCAGGACGAUGCCCUUAUCGGGAGUUUGACCGUCCGCGAGACAGUCGGUUUUGCUGCUGGUUUGUCUUUGCCUAGUUCGGUUUCCAAAUCUGAGAGACAAAGAAGAGUCGAUAGCCUGAUUGCAAGCUUUGGUCUGCAAAGCCAAUCACAUACGAUAGUAGGAACGCCAAUCAAGAAAGGCCUCAGUGGUGGACAGAAAAAGAGACUGGGUGUUUGCAGUCGCUUAGUCACGAAUCCCAAGAUUCUCUUCCUUGACGAACCAACGAGCGGUUUGGAUUCAACGCUCAGCUUCGAGGUAAUGAACUAUAUCAAGAAAAUUGGUCGCGAAAACAACCUUAUUGUCAUUGCUUCAAUCCACCAACCCUCAACGUCGACUUUCAUGCUAUUUGACAAGUUAUUCCUUUUAUCUCGCGGCAAAACUUGCUACUUCGGCCCGAUUUCCAAUGCGCGAGAUUACUUUGGCAGAAUUGGGUACCCGAUGCCUUCGGAGGUCAACCCGGCUGAAUUCUUCUUAGAUCUGAUCAACACGGAUCUGGUAAAAGAAGGAGACGACGUCGUCGCUCGCACAAAGGACAUCACUGAAAAGUGGGUGGCGUCUGAAGAAGCGACCUUGAUCAAUCAAGAAAUCAACGAUGUUAUCGCAAAUGCUCGGAUGCCAGGAAGUGCUAUCCCCCAGCUUUCAGAUGUCCAUGUACAGAAACCCCACAGCUGGACUAUUCCAUUGGUCCUUCUUCAACGUUCCUGGAUCAAAUCCUAUCGUGAUAUUGUUGCGUAUGGCAUUCGAAUUGUCAUGUAUCUGGGCUUGGCUAUUCUGAUGGGUACUGUGUUUCUGCGCUUCACUCCCACCCAGGAAUACAUCCAGUCAUAUAUCAAUGCUAUGUUUUUCAGUUCUGCUUUCAUGUCCUUCAUGGCAGUAGCAUAUGUUCCUGCUUACUUGGAGGACCAAGCAACCUUCUACAAAGAACGAGCAAAUGGUAUUGUUGGUCCAUUGGCCUUCAUGGUAUCCAAUUUCAUCAUCGGCUUGCCAUUUCUGUUCAUCAUCGCGCUUCUGUUCUGUGUGGUAGAAUACUGGUUGACUGGUUUCCGUACUAGUGGCACCGGGUUUAUGACCUUUCUCAUGUGGCUAUUCUUGGAUCUAUUGGCGGCCGAGUCUUUGGUUGUGCUAGUCUCUUCUGUGUUCCCUGUAUUUGUCGUCGCCCUCGCGGUCACUGCAUUCGCCAAUGGCUUAUGGAUGUGUGUGAAUGGGUUUUUGGUCCCCAUCACGAUCUUGAACUCUUUCUGGAAGUAUGUCUUCCAUUACAUUGAGUAUCAGGCAUAUGUCUUCCAAGGCAUGAUGGUUAAUGAGUUCAAACACCGUACCUACUCAUGUGCUACGACUGCUGCCGGCCACUAUCAAUGCUCUUAUGAGAGUAGUUUGAACUCGGAAGGCUUAAUUGCUGGGACAGACGUGUUGAAGAACUACGACAUCAAUGCCAAUAAGAUGGGUGAAUGGGUUGGUAUUAUGAUAUCAAUCAUCGCAGUCUACCGCUUGCUUGGCUACCUUGCGUUACGAUUAAGACAGGCCUAGUGUCUAAGGAUAGUU